AUGUUCACCCCCGCCUCGGCUCCCUCGCACGCCAUCGAGCUCGAGAGCGACUCCAUAGUCGGCCGCAGCUCGCCACUUGCCGACCUCCAAUACGUCGCGCAGCCAAUAUCUGAGGGGCAUGGCACCGUCCGCCGCCCCCUAGCACACGCCGUCCCCUUCGUGCUCUCCCAGCGCGAAGUCGUCGCCGGCUUAGCGCGCGACGGCGCCACCGUGCUACGCCCUAUUGAAAAGGAGGGGAGGGAGAGGAAAAAGGGAAAAGCGCACAGCGAUGCCGCGCUCGCGAAGGAGGUGCAAGAGAUGGUGCGUGCCAUGCUCGGAGAGGGUACGAAGCCUGUCCAGGACGGAUCCCUGCCGGAAGAGACGACUGCUUCGGAAGCCGCUCAUUCGCUUAAUAUACAUUCGCUUGGUGAGAAUGAGCACGCCAUAUCGCAUGGAGCCGAAGCCGCGGAGGACGUGCGGGGAGGGGCCGGGGAUGAACGCAUUGGGCUAGAUGCCUUUCUGUCUCCGGCGGAUAUAUCGCUCAAGCAGAAUGUUUUCAACCUAUCUACUGUAUUCGAUCCGCGGAGCUUGAACGACGUCGAGCUUUUCGGCGUUUCAGAGGAAGAGAGCGAAGCCGAAGAAGAGGUGGACAACGGCGCUGUGUCGCGUAAGCUCGCCGCACUAACGGCUAACCAGCAAAGCAUGGAGGACGUCAACGAGGAGCUCGACAACCUUCUCGGCCUCCGCUACGAGCCGGGGCGCGUUGCCGCUGGGCGCACCAAGAGGCCCCGCUCGGGAACUAGAAACGCGGUCGACGAUAACCCCUGGGCCGCCGAGGACAAGCUCGACGUGUCUGACUUUGCGCAGCUCGUUCCGGAUAUGGCCAUCGAGUACCCGUUCAAUUUGGAUGUGUUCCAGCGCCGUGCCGUGUUUCGCUUAGAGCGCGACGAGAACGUCUUCGUUGCCGCGCAUACAUCCGCGGGGAAGACUGUCGUUGCGGAAUACGCCAUUGCGCUCGCGAGGCAGCGCAACACAAAGGUCGUGUACACGUCGCCCAUUAAAACGCUCAGCAACCAGAAGUUUCGCGAUUUUACUCAACGCUUCGGCGAUGUGGGCAUCAUCACGGGUGAUAUCAGCAUCAACCCGGAGGCGUCGUGUCUUGUGAUGACGACGGAGAUUUUGAGGAGCAUGUUGUACAAGGGCGCAGACCUUGUUCGCGAUUUGAGCCAUGUCAUUUUCGAUGAGUGUCACUGGCUCAACGACCCGGAGCGAGGGGUCGUGUGGGAGGAGGCCAUUAUUUUGCUCCCGCAACAUGUGAAUAUCGUCAUGCUUUCUGCAACAGUGCCAAACGCUAUGGAGUUCGCCAAAUGGGUCGGCCGCACGAGACAAAAACCCAUAUACGUGAUUCACACUCGGAAGAGACCGGUUCCACUGUCUCAUCAGCUGUUCGUCAAGGGGGAUGUAUACCCAUUAUUUGAUUCAUCAGAAGGAAGAUUUCUGGACGCAAACUUCAGAAGGGGAGUGAAUCACCACAAGGAGAAAACGAAAAACUCCAACAUCCGAUUCGGUGGGGGCCGAAAUCACGCGUGGAUGCAGAUCAUCAAGUAUUUGCAGAAGCGAGAUCUGGACCCGGCGAUAUUCUUUUGUUUCAGUAAGCGCAAGUGCGACGAGGCGGCCGAACAGCUUCACACUCAAGACCUCACGGCUGGGGCAACUGACAAGACUCAAAUUCAUCUCUUUUACCAAUCCGCGAUUGCCAGGCUUUCUCCAACUGACCGCAACGUCCCGCAGAUUGCGCGACAUCGGGAGAUGCUAAAACGGGGUGUCGGGGUUCAUCAUGCCGGAGUGCUUCCGAUCAUCAAGGAAAUAACUGAAGUUCUUUUCCAACAAGGUCUCAUUCGGGUGCUGUUUGCGACAGAGACGUUUGCCAUGGGUGUCAACAUGCCUGCACGAACUGUCGUCUUCACAGCCAUCCACAAGUACGACAAUCAAGGCCAUCGCCUUCUCGAACCUGGCGAGUACAUCCAGAUGGCGGGACGGGCCGGUCGUCGAGGAUUGGACGACGUCGGCACUGUGUUGCUAUUCCCUACGACAGCUGACUUUCCCGUCCAGAGCGAUGUCAAGACCGUCUUAACGGGGGUCCCCAAGCCGCUGCGCUCCCAAUUUCGACUUACCUACAACAUGAUUCUCAACUUGCUCCGCAUCGAUGAGCUUCGUGUUGAGGAUGUGAUGGCACGCAGUUUCAGCGAGGCACCGGCAGGGCGCGCAUCUGGAACGGUGAAAAAGCUGCUCGUGAAAGGAAAUGAACGGUUGAAUCAGAUGCAGACGAUGUCGGUGGGGGUUGAGAGAUACAGGUCUCUCUACGAAGUAUCCACCAGAAUCAAUGUGUUGUGUCAGCGCAUCAGCGUAACUCUUACCUCCAACGCAAAAAAUUCAACGACGGCAGCCUUUGGGGUGGGACGUGUAGUAUUGGUACGCGCAAGCGACGAAACAUUACGGCUCGGGGUGAUUAUCAAGGCACCAUUUAGUGGACGCGCAAAGGGCGGUCUUUCUUUGAAGAAACCAUCUCUGGGCUUGAGAACAGGGUUUCAACCCGGCAAACGGGACUCGGGAAAGAUCCAAAUCAAAGUUUUAGUUUUGUGCGGAGGACCGGCUGCAAGAAGAGAGGAUUGCCCCUUGUUUCAGCACAAUAUCGACGUCGUUGAUUUGAAGAACAAGUCUACGCAGUUCAACGCUGGUGGAUUGAUUGUUCAAAUCCAGGAUCUUGACUAUACUGGCAUUGUAGGGCUCUCGUCUUUGAAGAUUGAAGUCGAUGAGAAGGGGCUGGUACCGAUUCGGGGGGACCCGGAUCCAGUUGCUCUGUCGUCUACAGCAGAAGCUCUGCGCACGAUUGCGUCAGACGAAGCAAAUUGGAAUGCGCUGCCACAGUUGCAUCCAGUGACUGAUCUUGGGCUGCAGAGCUUGGAUAUCGUCGAGCAAUGGGACGAGCGCAAGCGAUGCGUUUGGAUUCUGAAUGAGAUGGUUACUGAUUUGCUGAAGGGUGGGGCAAUGUUUGAUUUGGAAAAGGAAUUCAAGUUUCUUUCACAAGCGUCCAAGCUGCAAGAAAAACUUGAGCUCUUGAAGAUUGCGACGUCAGAUGAAUCUUUACACUUAAUGCCUGACUACAAGCAGCGAAUCGAAGUUCUAGGCAAACUAGGAUACAUCGACGGGACGAGCGUUCGACUGAAAGGACGGGCCGCUUGCGAGGUGAACACAUGCGACAGCCUGAUUCUAACAGAACUGGUGUUUGAAAAAGUACUCCAAAAGCUGAGCGCGGUAGACCUCGCGGCUAUCCUAUGCAGCCUAGUAUUCCAAGGAAAAGUGGGCGGGAAUGAGACGAGCUACACGCAAAUCGACAGCGUGAGAGAGCAGAGCGAGGAGUUGUAUCAAGGAUGUCAAUCGAUGCUAGGGGUGCUAGCAAGCCUCGGGAGUGCGCAGUCAGACAGCGGGCUGGCGGUCUCUCCCUACGAAUUUGCGCGAAGCAGCGCCAAUUUCGGUUUUACAAUCGGGGUGCGAGGAUGGGCAAGUGGCAAGACGUUUGCCGAGAUUUGUUCUGUGAUCGAAGGUGAAGUACCAGAAGGGACGAUUGUGCGAACGAUUGUGCGGCUCUGCGAACUGCUGAGGGAAACGAAAAAUGUGGGAAGGGUUAUUGGAGACCCCGAUCUGCAGGCCAAGGCCGAAGAGGCGAUGCAACUGGUGCGACGGGAUGUGAUUUUCGCAGCGAGUUUGUACGUACAGUAG